ACUCAAAAGAGUUCGCUGCUGUAGCCGGUAACAGUCAAGUUGGAAUUGUUGCACAUUUUUAAUAAAUAUUAAAUCAUAUGUUGUAAAUAAACUUCAGUUUUUUGUAAGUCUCGAAAUGUCUAAACUUAAAUUUUUUUAACGCGUCUAUCAAACCUCUUUCAAAAAAGGUUUUUCUUUAACAAUUAUUACACUUAACAGAAAAACAUUAAAAGACCAUGCUGAUGUUCAAGGUGCUUUUAAUAGAUUUUUUAUUUUAGCUGCCAAUAUACUUCAUAAGAAUGGCUGGACCCGAUGUGGCAGCAUUAGCUGCAGAUUUAGCUCGUGCUGUGGAGCUUACAAUGAGUACUGGGGCUUCACAACAUGACAGAUUGAGGGCUUACCAAGCAUGUGAAAGCUUUAAAGAAACUUCGCCUCUGUGUGCUGAAGCAGGUCUUUAUUUAGCUGCGGGCACCCAACACUCACCUAUUUCUAGACACUUUGGCCUACAACUUAUGGAGCACACAGUUAAAUACCGUUGGACACAAAUAUCUCAACAGGAGAAAAUUUUUAUUAAGGAAAAUGCAAUGAAGCUGCUUUCUGCUGGUGGUAUAAGUGAAGAGUCUCAUAUGAAAGAUGCUCUAAGCCGGGUUGUUGUUGAAAUGGUUAAGAGAGAAUGGCCCCAACAAUGGCCCGGUUUGUUAGCAGAAUUAUCAGAUGCAUGUGCUUGUGGAGAAACACAAACUGAAUUAGUUUUACUUGUCUUCCUACGACUUGUUGAAGAUGUUGCAUUAUUACAGACAUUAGAAUCGAAUCAGCGACGAAAGGAUAUUUAUCAUGCUCUCACAGCCAAUAUGGCAGUAAUUUUUGACUUUUUUCUUCGAUUGAUUGAGCUUCAUGUAAACCAGUUUAGACUUCACAGUGACUCUAAUGCUACAAAAGCAAAUGCUCAUGGGAGAGUUGUCCAAGUAGUUUUAUUAACACUUGCUGGUUUUGUAGAAUGGGUUUCUAUGAAUCACAUUAUGGCACAAAAUGGUAGAUUGUUACACUUACUUUGUCUUUUAUUAAAUGACACUGCAUUCCAGUAUUCUGCAGCAGAAUGCUUAUCCCAGGUUGUAAAUCGCAAAGGUAAAACCGACGAAAGAAAACCUAUAUUGAUAUUAUUUAACAAUGAACCAAUGCAAUGUUUAUUAACGGCUGCUAAAAAUUCAGGCACUCUUGGAGAUGAACAACAUUAUUUAUUUAAAAAGAAACUAAUCCAGGUUCUGGGUGGUUUAACAACACAAAUAUGUAGUUUGUGGGGAAAAGAAGGCCUAACUCGACCAUCAAAUUUCUCAAUGUUUCUAGAAGCUAUUUUAGCCUACAGUAGCCAUCCAAGUCUAACUAUAGCUCAUUCUGCAAACCCAUUAUGGAACAGUAUGUUGAAAAAUGAUAAUGUUUCUAGAGAUCCCAUUUUCUUGUCUUACAUUCCACAGUGGGUGCAAUGUACAGCACCUAAAAUAAUUAAAUUUAAUUACCCCAUUGGAAAAAGUCCAACCAGGGACGAAUUAGGAGAGAAUUCUUUGUAUGCAAAAUUAGAUUUUGAUAGUGAGGAAGAAUUUUCUUCUUAUUUUUAUAGAUCUAGGGCAGAUCUGUUGGAUUCUUUUAGGCAAGCAACUGUGGUAGCUCCCCUAGUAACAUUCAACUAUGUAGAACAAUGGUUAAUAAAAUGUUUACAAGUUCCCAACUUGACUUCUGGUUUAUCAUUUUCGGAUCCUAUGUAUCAGGAAUGGGAAGCGUUAUCUAAUUUCCUGGAAAGCGUUUUAAGCAGAGUUCUACAGGCUAAUGGAAGACCACCAAUACCUUCUGGUCUAAGAUUAUUACAACUGUGUCUAUCGUAUCAACCUGCAGAUCCUUUAAUACUAUCAACAUUACUUACUUGUAUUUCUGCAUUGUUUGUAUUCCUUAGUAUGUCUACCGGACAAAUGGCACCAACAGCAAAUUCAGUAGCAGCUUCUGGUGCGGCAUUACUACCACAAGUUCUCGAAAAGAUAUUCUCAACUCUAGUCUAUACUCCUGAAGGACAAUCGAUCAACAACAGAUCACGAGCUGUAAAAAACGUUCGACGACAUGCUGCAUCUCUGAUGGUAAAAAUUGGUCACAAAUAUCCGUUGUUACUCUUGCCAGUUUUUGAUCAAAUUCGUGCUACUGUAGAAACGUUAUGUAGACCUGAAGGCCCAGCUCAGUUAAGUAGUUUGGAAAAGGUGACGUUGCAAGAGGCGUUGCUUUUAAUUUCAAAUCAUUUCGGGGACUAUGACAGACAGAGUACGUUCGUGGGUGAGGUUUUGAGAGAAGCAAACGCUCAGUUUUUGGAUACAGUAAAUUUGGGUGCACUUAGAAAUGCAGCAAAUUUCAUAUCAUUCGUCGGUUUGGACAAACCUCCCGUACCAACCAAUAGCGAAGAUCCUUGUGGCCAAAAUCGCAGCAACAUCAAUUUUUGUAUAAAUCUAUUUCUUGGUGCCGUAAAACGUUGUGCUUGGCCUGAUGACCCGGAAAGAGCUACAAGAGGAGGUUUUGUAGUAUCUUUAACGGAAUCCGGUAAUCCUGUUUGUCGGAAUCCCGCCGCGCCUCAUAUCGUACCACUAUUGCCACAUAUACUCUCUCUAAUUAAGAUUUUUAACGAAUUAUUUACCUCUGAAGCUCAGUGCUUGAUUCACGACAGCUAUAAAGGAUGUUUAGCAAUGCAAGAGACUGAAAAAUUGAACCUAUUGGGUUUGAUGGGUCACAUAACUGUAAAUGAAGCUGGAGAAUCCCAAGUAGUUCAAAGUCCUUUAGAAAGGAUGCAACGAUUCUUGACUGGAUUACAUGAAAGUUGUUUCCACAUGAUAGGAUCUUUAGGUCCUUCUCUAGGAAGGGAUUUAUAUAAUAUACCAGAUCUAGGACCGGCUGUAGUCAGUAGUGUAUUAUCAUAUAUGCAAUACAUACCAGAUCAUCGAGUUCGACCAAUCAUUAGGGUUUAUUUGAAACCGUUUAUUUUUUCUUGUCCAGCGCCUUACUAUGAAGCUGUAGUCUUACCGAUUAUGGCUCAUCUUUCUCCUAUAGUAUUAUCGAGAUUACACACUAAAUGGCAACAAGUUAUCGAAUUUCGUAACCGCGAAGCACAGGAAGACAAUCAAGAUACUCAGGAGGUAUUGGAAGAUAUUCUCACCCGUGUAUUAACAAGGGAGUAUUUGGAUCUGUUAAAAGUGGCUCUUGUCGGUGGGAGCGUGACGCCUGAAUCGAAUUCGGAAACCAUGGAGACGGAAGAACACAGUAUGGAUUCACCAACUCCACCGCAUACUCGAUCAAAUAUCACAAAUGAGGUUAUUUCUGAUUUAGGGUUGAUGUUGCUACGUAGCGAGAAAACCUGUCAUUCUAUAGUGUUAGCGGUAUUGGGUGCGUUAGCCUGGAUCGAUAGUCAAGCUUCAUUGAAAGCUACUCUUUUAACAGGUGCAAUAGUAAGACAAUUAUCCUCCGACAAGACCCUGAAUGGUGAAGUAGCAGCUCAUAUUAUGGCAGCUGUUUUAAAUGCUCUUACUCUUCAUGGACAACAUGAAGCAAACCAAGGUUCUUUAUUAACCUUAGGGGCUCAAAUUUAUGAAAUGUUGAGGCCAACAUUUCUCGAAGUGUUUGCUGUGAUGCAACAAAUACCUGGAGUAAAUCCAGUGGAUUUACAAAAAUUAGACGAACGGAUCUCCGGAAGUACAAGCAAGGGAAAUAAAGUCGAAAAAGUCAAAAAGGAUCUAUUUAAAAAAAUUACGGGAAAUUUAAUAGGUCGAAGUAUGGGUCAGUUGUUCAAAAAAGAAGUAAAAAUUCACGAUUUGCCACGAAUAGUAGUACAGAAAAAAUCUGAACAAGAAGAUGUUAUUACAAAUUUAAGGAACGUUUUCAGCUAGUGAAUUGUAUAGUAUAUUAUUGAAAAUAAGGUAAAUUAUGGUGAAAUUGUACAACAUCCCUUGUUGUUCAAUUCAAAUUGACUGGUAAAACUUAUAUAUUGUUUAUUGGCUCUUUUGCUAUUGUCUCAUUUUGUAUAUACUUCGUUAGUUUAUUUUUAUUUAAUUCUUUUUUUUGUUAAUUAGUAAAAUAAAGAAUCAAUGUAUUCUUCUGGAAUCUA